AUGAGUAAUACGGACUUCCUAGGUCGUGCGAUCGACACGGUCAAGAAGGCUAUUGAGGAUGACAACAACGGCGAGUACGAAAAGGCUUAUCAGACAUACUACUCCGCACUGGAGUUGUUCAUGUUGGCCUUGAAAUGGGAAAAGAACCCCAAGUCGAAGGAAAUGAUCCGUUCCAAGGCUGGCGAGUAUAUGGAUCGCGCAGAGAAGCUCAAGAACCACUUGGCCGAGGAUCGCAAAAAGCCCAGUGCAGUCGGCGCAAAUGGCAAGGUGGCGCAGGGUAACGGGAAGGGAGGGAAGGAAGAUGACGACAACGGCGAGGAUGCGGAUGCCAAAAAGCUUCGGAACGCGCUUCAGGGAGCUAUCUUGUCGGAUAAACCGAAUGUGAAAUGGGAAGACGUUGCCGGAUUGGAAAACGCAAAGGAAGCCCUGAAGGAGGCUGUCAUUCUUCCUAUCAAGUUCCCGCACUUGUUUACUGGCAAGCGCCAACCAUGGAAGGGUAUUCUGCUUUAUGGCCCUCCGGGUACAGGAAAGUCCUACCUUGCCAAAGCCGUUGCAACGGAGGCAAACAGCACUUUCUUCAGUGUCAGCAGUAGUGACCUGGUCUCGAAGUGGAUGGGCGAGAGUGAAAGACUUGUCAAGCAACUGUUUACUAUGGCCCGUGAGAACAAGCCGGCAAUUAUCUUUAUUGACGAAGUUGAUGCCCUGUGCGGUCCCCGUGGCGAAGGAGAGUCCGAGGCUUCACGGCGUAUCAAGACCGAAUUGCUUGUACAAAUGGAUGGUGUCGGCAAUGACUCCAGGGGCGUUCUCAUCCUAGGCGCUACCAACAUCCCCUGGCAGCUCGAUGCUGCCAUUCGUCGACGAUUCCAGCGAAGAGUACACAUCAGUUUGCCCGAUGUCAACGCCCGCGCAAAGAUGUUCAUGCUCGCCGUUGGCUCGACACCUUGCCAAAUGACCCAGUCCGACUAUCGUCAAUUGGCGGAUCUGAGCGAGGGCUACUCCGGUAGUGACAUUAGUAUUGCCGUGCAGGAUGCCUUGAUGCAGCCAAUUCGCAAGAUCCAAGGAGCAACACAUUAUAAGAAGGUCCUCGUCGAAGGCGCAGAGAAGCUCACCCCCUGCUCACCAGGAGAUGCGGGGGCAUUUGAGAUGAGCUGGCUCAACAUAGAAGGAGAGCAACUUCUGGAACCACCUCUGGUUCUUAAAGAUUUCAUCAAAGCGGUUAAGAACUCUCGCCCAACUGUCAGCGGCGAAGAUCUUACAAGAAACUCAGAAUGGACUCAAGAAUUCGGCAGUGAGGGAGCCUGA